AUGGAAGCUUUAAUUCCCAAACCCACCUCUCCAUGGGGUAAGCUCAAACCUAGUGAGGAUGUGAAGAAUGUCUUAUUCGUAGCCUUGGGCUCCAUCGUUUUCUUCUUUGGUAUUAUCAUGUUAGCACACUAUGAAAAUAAAAGCGGCAAACUUCAGGCCCCGGAUAUUACAAUACCUUCUAUGGAUUUCACGGUGCUUAAUAUGACCGAGCCUCUUAGUGUAAAAUGGGAUUUAUUGAUCAGGAUCUAUCCAAAACAUCCCGGUAGCUAUGUGUGUCUCGAAGGUGAUUUUAAGGUUUUCAUAGUUUACGAAGGUGUAACCAUCGCUACUUCAUCGAUAGAGAUCAGUUACACUCCCAUACGGUACCCGCGGUUUAAGCUGCUUACAGCCUCGUUGAAUGCUUCCUUGGGAGAUAUGGACGGUGCGAUUGUGGAUGAUAUUAAGGCAAAAGGUGAAAUGCGGUUUGGAGUGCGGUUGCUUCUACCGGAUUGCAGAUCUGAGACGAGUCAUAAGAUGAACUAUGCAUGUGAUGAAGCCACGUUACGGUUCGAGCCUGGCUCUCAGAAUAGUGCAACUUUGUUCGGAAACCAACCUAACUGUGACAUUUUCCUUAAGUAG